CCCGCAGCUCGGCCGCCAGGGAACAAAGGCGCGAGGGGACGCAAGCACGGCCGGGGGAGUGGCUCACUCCGCUUGUUAUUGGCUCCCCAACACAGCUACAUCAAAGUCAUAAGCGCCCGCACAGUUUGUUACAAUAUCUCUCCACCGGCCGACUCGUACAGACGAAAUUGGCUCUCCACGCUGCGAUUCUCGGUGUCAGACGCACCAAUCAUUGGCUCGAAACGUACACCAAGAGUUGUAUUAUGGUAAUAUAAAUUGACCAACUGGAGAGCAAAUUUGGUUAGUUCGUUAAAGUUGAUUAAAGCCAUUUAACCGGGACGAAGUCGAGGAUACGAACGGCGCGAGCGUUCGUCGAUCCCGAGGGCUCCGCUAAAUUAAGUAAAUUGUUUAAUAUUGAAGUUAAUAAAUCGGUUGCGAGCCGGGCUCGUCGGGCCCAAGCGUGCAUCCAGCGCAGCGGCAGCGACACCUCCGAGACGGAGCCAAGCGAAGUAGGCGCGGAGGUAGCGGGCCCGCACCCGCCGCCCGCCGACGGCUACAUGUACGUGUGCGGGGACAGCUCGGCCGGGCCCGGGGCUCGCUACGAGUGUGCCUUCGAGGCUGGCGCUGGCGCUAUGGACCAGCCUACCUUCGACGAGCACAUGUUCGGCGAGUUCGGCAAGGAGAGGCACGUGCAAGUGGUGGUGGGUGCUGUCGGUGAGCUGCAAUACCGCGACGAGUUGCCCGUGUUCUCCGCUAACGGCGAGCAGAAGCGCAAGGACGAACCGCUGAUGCUGCAGCCAGUGGAGUCAGCGCCCGCCACACACACCCAACCACCCCCGCCGCCUACAACAACCAAAAAAAGCGACAAGAAGAAAAAUGACAACAACGGAAUCAAGAAAAAGAAAACGCGAACGACUUUCACGGCUUACCAACUUGAAGAAUUAGAGAGAGCAUUCGAAAGGGCGCCUUAUCCUGAUGUCUUCGCGAGGGAAGAACUUGCUCUUAAACUUAAUCUCUCCGAAUCACGGGUUCAAGUGUGGUUCCAAAAUAGAAGAGCUAAAUGGCGUAAACGUGAACCGCCUCGGAAGACCGGUUAUAUAGGUUCCAGUUCUCCAAGUUCCACUACUUUAGGCGGAGGUUUCUCGGCAAUCGGCAGCAAUCUACCAACAUUCCAGAACGGCCUGCCCGCACCAGCGGACUCGUGGUCUUAUCAACACUCGUACGAAUUGUCAUCUCAUCAUCUCCUAUCGUCCAGCAGCGGAGGCUACCCAAGUUUCAACGCGCAGCCUGCAGCCUAUUCUUAUACUACGGUCUUAAACGGUCAUGAUGGACAGAUGUUUGCACCGCGACACUCUUACGAGUAUGGAGAAGGGAGUCCGCCGCCGAUCGGAGUGCGAGAUUACCCCAUGAUGGGCGCACACUCACCGCAGAUGGAGGCUCACGCGCACGACGACAAACUAGAGUACCGCACACAUGACCACGAAGACAAAUACACUGCAUGUGCACUUCAAGAGGAGCCGCCACGCUACGCACCGCCGCCAGAAGAUUACGAGAAGUGUGGCAUGGUACCGCACGACAAACACUAUGAGAUGGACCGACAUUCUGAUCUCACGCAACCAGUCGUUGUUAAGAUGGAGCCCAGUCCGAGUCAGGCAUACACUACUCUGCCCCCUUUUUUGAAUUGAAAUACUCUUUUUCGAAAUUAUCUUAGGUGAUAAGAGUAAUUUCGAAAAGGAGUAUUUAACCUCGAACAAGCUAUAUGCUAUUAUUAUUAACUACUGUUGUUCCUGUAGUUGAGAAUGGAGCCAAAGACUAUUUUCGAUAUAUUUGUCUUAAGAAAAUUUAACAAACAGUUGUGUGUACCUACUCUGUAGACGGUAGUGUUUAAAUCAAAAUAAUAUUGUAUGAUAGCGCUAAGUAAUUUUAAGAAGUUGUCAUUUUAUUAAAUUAAUUAGUUUUUAAAAAUUACGCAAUAAUUUGUAAAUAUUCAAUACUUAUUUACACGUAAGUAAGUAGUAAGUAUGUUAGAGUAGAGAAUUUAAUACAGAACAAACAAGAAA